GCGGUCAACAGUCCCGUUAAAGUAGUUCAUUUUCGUCGCUAAAAGCUCACGUCCCAAAAAUUUCAAACUUGUUUUCUUUCUCCAGGCUUCUUAUUGUGUCUCUUUCUUUUUCCACGGCCAAAAUCAUCGUGAUUCUCGUCGUUCUAGGCGAGAAAGAUUGCCGGAUUAUGACCCGAUUCUGCCCCAGGUUGGUUAAACUCAACCUCCGUCGCGGGUUCCAGCGUCGCGGGUUGAUUCUCCGACGCUGCAUUCGUGGCUUUUGGGACCGAUUCCUUAUUUGUUCCCUGCCGAAGCCUAUGAAGCAUCGGUAUCGAGUUAUAAUCGCUGCAACCCCCUCCGCACCUUCGCAUGCUCCGCCGCAUUCCGCUUCAUCGAGAGGCGGAACGGCGCCUGUUUGUUACCACGGCCACCAUGAGCGAAAGGACUCGGAUUUGGUUCAGUUGAAGAUCAGUCUCCUGGGUGAUGCUCAAACCGGGAAAACUAGCUUUCUGAUGAAAUACAUUGGAAAUGAAAUCGAGUUCGAACAAGGCAAUCAAGAGAAAGGGUUGAAUUUGAUGGAUAAAACAUUUUUUGUAAGUGGAGCAAGGAUCUAUUACUGCAUCUGGGAAGUUGAUGGUGUUGAUAAAUCUCGAGAUCAUAUUCCUCUGGCUUGUAAAGACUCUGUAGCAAUUCUUUUCAUGUUCGAUCUCACGAGCAGGUGCACUUUGAACAACAUCGUAAACUGGUAUCAAGAAGCCAGGAAAUGGAAUCAGACAGCAAUACCGAUUUUAAUAGGAACCAAAUUCGAUGAUUUCAUUGAACUUCCCCUAGAUUUGCAGUGGACAAUCGCCAGUCAGGCAAGGGCGUAUGCGAAGGCCAUAAACGCGACCCUGUUCUUUUCGAGUGCUACAUACAACAUCAACGUGAGCAAGAUUUUCAAGUUCAUCACAGCAAAACUCUUCGACCUGCCUUGGACGGUCGAACGCAACCUUAACGUCGGAGAGCCCAUCAUCGAUUUCUAGAAAGUUUCAUCAUGUCUGUAAUGUAGAUAAUAUAGACAAUGUCCCAAAGGGGUCAAUCCUCAGCCAACCGGUCACCGGACUUUAUGUUUUUUUUACUCCGUCGGUCUUGUCGGUGAUAUUCGAGUUGUUUCACUGUGGGGGGAAAUCCCAUGUUUAAGCAA